AAGUGGAUCCAAGAUGGCGUAGAAAGUAAAGCUAGACGUUUUGUCUCUAAGUCAUGGCAGACAGGAGAGCGGAGAAGUCAUGUGAAGAAGCCAGCAGAUCGUUAGCCAGGCGGGAGUACGAGGCGGCAGUCACCCACAGCACAGAUGCCCUGGCGGUCCUUGGGCCGCAAAUCCCAUCCUCCCCUGUCCCGCUGAGCCCCCCGUCAGCUGUUGCAGCCGGACCACUCCGUAGCCGUGCCCUGCUCUACCGAAUUGCUGCAUUCCUACAACUGAAAAACUAUGAUGAAGCAGAUGAAGACUGCAAACAUGUUAUUACAGAAGAAAUGGCACGAGGGGACGGUUCACUACAGGCGAGUUUGCACUCUAUGCUGUUGGACGGCAGCCUGCAAGAAGUGGCCAGCAUCCUCUCUAAAGCCUUGUAUGGAGAGCAAAUGAAUGGCAUUGUUACAAAAGACUUGACCAGACUAAAAAUGCUCUUCUCUGAAAUCGAGGCUAUAAAUAGAGAAAUGGCACCAGAAUGCAGAGACGACCUGGACGAAGAGGUCCAAGAUGGCUGGCAGUUCCGACCUCCUCCCCGAGGAGUCACCAGCAGCGAGGAGUACACCCUCUGUAAAAGGUACUUGGAGCAGGGCCUGUGUCGGUACGGGGCCCAGUGUACAUCUGCUCAUUCACAGGAGGAACUGAUGGAAUGGCAGAAGCGCUAUGCUUCACGACUCAUUCGCCUCAAACAGCAGCAGGAGAGCAAACACUUCACAGAAAACUACAUGGAAACUCUCAUAGAGAAGUGGAUGAACUCCCUCUCCCCAGAGAAAGUGCUAAGUGACAGUUUAGAAGGAGUGAAUGUCGAGACCAGCUCCAGCCUCUCUGUAACAGUCACCUCCAAGAAAUCCGCCCACUCUUGGAUCUUCUCCUUGUUGUGCAAGCCGGCUAGAAAACUGUACCGCAUCGCUCUGCUCUAUGAUGCACAUCGGCCACACUUCUUCAUCACGGGCGUGUCAGCCGGGGAUCGGCUCCAGGCCGUUCCCAAAGCAUGCCAGGAGUGGACGCCAGGAGAGGAAACAGCAGUGGCAGCAGACAAUGGCCUUGAUCACUGUGUCUACAAGGUAGCAGUCGGCUUCAGCACAGAGAUCUUCGGUACCUUCAGACAGACCAUCGUUUUUGACUUUGGUUCUGAACCCGUGCUGAUGCAGAGAAUCAUGGUGGAUGCUGCCUCUAUCGAAGACCUAGAACAUCUGAUGGCAGCCAGGCAGCAGCUUUUGAUGACCGCGAAACGCUGGGACUCUUCUUGUAAAACCCUUGUGGAAUUUUGCCCCAACGAGACCAUGGGUGAACUGGAGCGGAGCCUCCUUGCCCGAUAUCAGAUACCUCUUUCAGCUGACCAGCUCUUCACUCAGUCAGUUCUGGACAAGACUCUGACCAAAGACAACUACCAGGCCCGACUGCAUGACCUGCUCUACAUUGAAGAGAUUGCACAAUAUAAAGAAGUCAGCAAGUUUAACAUCAAGGUGAACUUGCAGCUUGUCACUAGCUUUAUGCUGACUGGCCUUUCUGUUGGAGCCAAGUAUGCUCAAAAUGGACAGCUCUUUGCACGCUUCAAACUCACAGAAACACUGUCUGAGGACACACUUGCUGGACGGUUAGUGAUGACAAAAGUCAAUUCGGUGCUGGUGUUGCCGUUGGGCCGUGAGGGGCUCAGCAGCCAGCCGCCGCCUGGCGUCAAAGAGCGCGUUUAUGAGGCUGUGAUUGAGGAGAAGACCAAGGAGUACAUCUUCUUAAGGAUCUGCAAGGACUGCUGUGAGGAGCUGGGGCUACUGCCAGACAGAGAAUUACAGGUGGAGCUCCAGUUUCAGCUCAAUAGACUGCCACUAUGUGAGAUGCACUAUGCCCUGGAUCGCAUUAAAGAUAACACCAUCCUAUUCCCUGAUAUUGGUCUAGUCCCAACCAUCCCCUGGAGCCCCAACAGGCAGUGGGAUGAGCAGCUGGAUCCCCGUCUGAAUGCCAAGCAGAAAGAGGCCAUUCUUGCCAUCACCACACCAGUUUCUAUCCAGCUGCCCCCGAUCCUUAUCAUUGGGCCCUAUGGUACCGGAAAGACCUUCACCCUGGCGCAGGCGGUCAAGCACAUCCUUCGCCAGGAUAACAGCAGGGUCCUGAUCUGCACUCACUCCAACAGCGCGGCUGACCUUUACAUUAAGGACUACCUUCAUCCGUAUGUUGAAGCAGGCAAUUCACAUGCCAGACCUCUCAGGGUAUACUUCAGGAACCGUUGGGUUAAGACGGUUCACCCGGUGGUGCAGCAGUACUGUCUCAUCUCCAGCACACAGGUCAAUUUCCAGAUGCCCACAAGGGAGGACAUCCUCAGGCACCGCGUGAUAGUGGUCACCCUCAGCACCUCCCAGUACCUCUGUCAGCUUGAGUUGGAGCCCGGGUUGUUCUCUCAUAUCCUUUUGGAUGAGGCGGCUCAGGCCAUGGAGUGUGAAACCAUCAUGCCUUUUGCUCUGGCUAGCAAGGCUACCCGCAUUGUGCUGGCUGGAGACCAUAUGCAGCUCAGUCCAUUUGUGUACAGCGAGUUUGCUCGAGAGCGUAACCUGCACGUGUCACUGCUGGACCGGCUGUAUGAGCACUACCCCCCAGAGUUCCCCUGUCGCAUCCUACUUUGCGAGAACUACCGCUCCCACGAAGCUAUCAUCAACUACACAUCAGAAUUAUUUUAUGAUGGGAAGCUGAUGGCAAGUGGGAAGCAGCCCUCUCAUAAGGACUUCUACCCGCUGACAUUCUUCACAGCCAGGGGAGAAGAUGUGCAGGAGAAGAACAGCACUGCCUAUUACAACAAUGCUGAGGUUUUUGAAAUUGUGGAGCGGGUGGAGGAGUUGCGCAAGAAGUGGCCAGUUGCCUGGGGUAAGCUGGACGAGGGAAGCAUCGGGGUGGUGUCACCCUAUGCUGACCAGGUGUUUCGCAUUCGAGCCGAACUCCGAAAGAAAAGAAUGCCUGAGGUCAGCGUGGAAAGAGUGCUCAAUGUCCAAGGUAAACAGUUCCGGGUGCUGUUCCUCAGCACAGUACGCACACGGCACACCUGCAAGCACAAACAAACCGCCAUCAAGCGCAAAGAGCAGCUGGUUGAGGACUCAACAGAGGACCUUGACUAUGGUUUCCUGUCCAACUACAAGCUCCUUAACACGGCCAUCACCAGAGCGCAGUCCUUGGUUGCAGUUGUGGGAGACCCCAUAGCGCUGUGCUCUGUUGGGCGCUGCAGAAAAUUCUGGGAGCACUUUAUUUCCAUCUGCCAUGAAAACUCGAGCCUACAUGGCAUCACCUUUGAGCAGAUCAAGGCUCAGCUAGAAGCCCUGGAGCUGAAGAAGACGUACGUCCUCAACCCGCUGGCCCCAGAGUUCAUCCCCCGCGCCCUCAGGCCGCUGCAAGGACACCAGCCAUCUUCACAAGUCCUUCACGCCCUCCAUCAUCCACAUCCUCAACAUGUACAGCCAGCUUCCAGCAAGCAGGGCACACAGCAGCAGCCGCAGCAGUCACCCCCCAAGGGUAAACAUGCAAACCACACAGAGCACCUCCCACCAGAAGGCUAUGUCCAACCUAAUCCUGCUGUGUUGAUGGGAAACCCUAUUCGAGCAUUCACACCUCCUUUGCCUGGCACAGCAGCCGGCAUGGGCAAGUCACCCAGCCCUGUGCAGAGGAUCGAUCCUCAUACAGGAGCCAGUAUUCUCUAUGUUCCAGCUGUAUAUGGUGGAAACAUGGUCAUGCCCGUGCCCCUGCCGCUAACCUGGCCAGGUUACCAGAACCGCUUUGCAGUGGAUCCCCGCAUCAUGAGCCACCCAGCAGCCAUGGCCUACAAUUUCAAUCUGCUGCAGGCUCAGAAUCGAGGCUCCCCCAUCCCUUACAGUGGGGUGGCACACCCCUCUUCUCUAGGAAUGAGCCAGCCCAGCCCUGACAAGGAGCUACAGACUGACCCCAUCAGAAAUGGUAAAGUAGAAGGUUGUCCAAAAUCUGAGCAGAGUCGUCUUCAAACCCCAGAGAGAAAAAACACAGAUCUUAAGGAAAAACAGGGAGAUUUAGACACAGGCCAAAGUCGAAAUCUAGAUUCACAGACAGAUGGGAUAGUUGGAUUUCCCAAUGCUUUGCUCCAUCGAAAAGACCCUACAGCUGCUCAGAGACCCCUCAACUACCACCUUGCACCACCCAGUCCAGCUUUUCCUGCACAUCCUGCCAGCGGAAGAAACUUCCCCCAACAAUAUCCUGUCUCUAGGCUUCCUUAUAGAGUAGGCCAGCCUCAGCACCCAGGAAUGGCCCAACAUAAUCCGCAGCUCAGUCCUGCCUAUACUGGUGGAAGUCACAGCGCUUCUUUCUUCAGUGGCCCCAUCGCCACUCACAGACCUGUACACUCACCCUCUGUGGAUGGGCCAGAGGCUGGAGGGGUGGAGGAGAUGAGUGGCUCCAUCAGGACUCCCAUGGGCCACCAAGGGGGCCACCACUCAGGCAUGCCACAGCAUAACAGGGCUAGCAACUUUGGAGAGGAUGGACAGGAUGGAACCCUGGGAGACAGUUUUGACCUGCAGAGUCCCAUGGCUCUAGAGGCCCUGAGCCAGCAACAGCAGCAGGCAGCCAGGCUGGGCCAGUGGGGGGAGGCGGCAGGCCCUUUCCUUCCGGGCAGCAUCGCCUUCCCCCUGCCUCAGCAGCUCGCCCACCUCACCCAACCCGGCAUGCCUCGCUUCCCUCAUCAACUGCUUCGGGCAGCCAGUUGGGGGCUCGGUGCCAAUUUGGAUGACGAAGCUGUUCCUCCUCACUCUACUGGGCCAUCUUUCAACAGGUACCCAGGUCACAUGAGAGAGAUACCCCCACAGGAUCAGCCUGAACCAAGAGAAGCCCCAGAAAUGCAACCCCCACCUCAGUCCCGCCUCCUCCAGUACCGACAGUCCCAGUCCCGUGGCUCAGGUGACCCUUCAUCAUCAUUAACUACCAUCUCCAAUCAUGCUGGCCCUUUUCAAACUGGACUGUACCCCCACGAGUCUGGUCGCAAUGUCCUCAACGACAACCUCGUCAGCAAUCAAGCUCUGCCGCAACAGAAUCCCGGGAACGCUCUGUACAAUACCUGUAGCUACCAACACCCACCACCAGGACACUCUGGCAGCCCUCCUCCCUCCCAGGUCAAAUACCUUCUGCAAGAAGCUCAGUGGUCCCAUGGUGGAGCUCCAUCUGCAUCACAGCAAAACCACCUUUUAGGCAACCAGGGGCACAACCUCCCCUAUGCACUGCCCAUUAUGGCUCACCCCAGCAGGCAGGAGCAAGUCCAACUGAUGCAACUUCACCAGCAGCAGCAGCAGCAGCAUCAACAGCAGCAACAACACCAACAACACCAACAGAAUCAAGGUCCAGACCAGGACUCCUACCACCCACUGUCCCCGAGAGCAUCAGCAGCAACAGCCCUUCACAACGUAGAUGAGUAUGAACCCAGGGGUCCAGGUCGGCCUCUCUAUCAGCGCCGCAUCUCCUCAAGCUACCCAGACGAAGCAUCUCCAGCCAGCACACACAAUGCCCUGUCCCAGCAGCCCCAGCCCUGUCCCUCAGAAGCCCAGGACCAUGCACAGCUUCCACAUCAUCAGCACCCCCACGCACCCUACAAUUACCCCUCACAAGACCACCUCUGGCCCAGCAACGGUGGAGGUCCCGGUCCGUUCCAGAACAUUCCAUGUAACGGAGCCGGCACACUCGCUCACCCUCGGGACCUUCUGGCUUCCAAGGUCCACCGUCAGACAGAUGAGCAGGUAAAGGCUGAGCCCACUGCAGCACAGCAGCCGCAUCCACACACCAUCAGCUCGCUUCAGCACCAGUUUCCUCCCCUCAUGUCGAGUAAAAAGCAGCAGCAGCAGCAGCCGCCGCCGCCACCACAAGCUCCUCCCACAGAACCCAACCAAGGGGCUCCAAAUUUAAGCAAACCACCCACCAUGUCCUAUGCCAGCGCCCUCCGCGCUCCACCCAAACCCCGAGCCGUUCGACCCGAACAGGUCAAAAAGAACAGCGACCCCCUCUCCCUCCUACAAGAGCUGAAUAUAGGAAGUUCAAAUGGUAGCAAUGGAUACUAUUCCUACUUUAAAUGAGUGUCCCUUCUCCUUCAUUAUAAGUAAUGAAAAAUGAAAAGAAAAAAACUUAAACAAAAAAAGUAAAAAGUUUCUUAAAUAAAAUUAAAAAAAUAGUGCGAAGUGCAUUUACAAAUUGUUUUUAUCAGUAGAUUUGUUUUCUGCAUUUGUUUCAUUUAACUUUUUAUCGUUAACUGUCUUUUUUUCCUCCAGUUUCACAUAUCUGUGAAGAAAGUAGGUAUAUAUAAUGAAUGCAUUACUGGUAUAUAUACAUACUCAUUAUGUAUAUAUGAAUAUAUACUUCUAUUAUCUACACUUGUAUAUGUACGUAAUGCUAAAAAAGAAAAAACCUAAGAAAAUUAAAAAAAAAAAAAAUGAAAAAAACAAUUUAAAUUAUAAUUUUUUUUUUUUUCCCCCCAAAAAUAUUUUUUUUUUUUUAUAAAAAAAAAAAAAAAAAA